GUUGUGCAUGUAUAUGCGUUCAUAGGUGCAUGUAUGUGCGGUGGCAUCCAGCCCACCCCAAAACAUCACAUAUAUAGUCAUGUGAUCUCGGGACAAUUUAUAUAUCAUUGGGGUUCAGCUUCAACAGCCAACUGCCUUCGGUAACCUCAUCCCGACCCACCUAAAGACAGGUCUUAAUCUAAGCAUGUCAUACAGAGAAGACGCUGAUUAUGAGGAGCAAGAGGGUCUUGUAGAGGCCGGCGGAAAGCAAACACCCAAUCCACAUCAUGCAGAUGCUGCUGAGGAACCUGGGGAAGAAGGAGAAACAAAACCGAAGCAUAAACCCUUUGUGCCAGCUUUGGUGCCUCCCAAAAUUCCUGAUGGAGAGAAGGUUGAUUUUGAUGAUAUUCACCGCAAACGUAUGGAGAAAGACCUGACGGAGCUACAGACGCUCAUUGAGGCUCACUUUGAGGGCAGAAAGAAAGAAGAAGAGGAGCUGAUCAACCUCACCCAACGGAUCGAGAACCGGAGGGCAGACCGAGCGGAGCAGCACCGGAUCCGCACGGAGCGCGAGAAAGAGCGGCAAAACAAACUAGCCGAGGAAAGAGCACGAAAAGAGGAGGAAGAGGCCAAGAGGAAGGCCGAUGAUGACGCGAAGAAGAAGAAGGUUCUCACGAGCUUCCAGUACACCGGAUACAUGCAAAGGACAGACAAGAGGGGCGGGCCUAAGAAGCAAACAGAGAGGGAGAAGAAAAAGACGGUUCUCAGCGAACGCCGCAAGGAACUGAACAUCGAAAACCUGAACGCCGAUAAACUGAGAGAAACCGCCAGCGAACUCUGGAAGUGGAUGCGCCAACUCGAAGCCGAGAAGUUCGAGCUGCAAUACAGAUACGUGUGCCAGAAAUACGAGAUCACCGUCCUUAGGAACCGUGUCAGCGACCAUCAGAAAAACACCAAAGGCUCGAGGAGUAAGAGAGGACUGCGGAAAUAAAGGAGCUUCUCAAAGACACCAGCAACGUCUAUAUAUAUAUAUAUAUAUAUAUAUAUAUAUAUAUAUAUAUAUAUAUAUAUAUAUAUAUAUAUAUAUCAUAAGAAAAAAUAUGCUUUAAUAUAAUCAUCUUCAUUCUGACCCUCAUGUUUUUUUGGAAGCACCACAAAGAAUAAAAGCAGUGAUCUGUUUGAAAUACGAAACGCUGAAGUUGGUUUUAAAGUGACUAACUUGAAAUGAAUGACUCUUUUCAGUGUUAAUUAUAUGCAUGUAAUGAUAUAUAAAGUGCCACGGUGUGCAUAGCUGUCGUUUAUGAUUGUAUGAUCUUGUUGAUGUAUCAUAAUACGUGAAGUGAAAGUAGAUCUAAAAGCGUUGCAUGCAUUAUCGCAUGAUAAAGCAUUCUCAUGAAGUAUAUAUAUAUGUAAGAAUAAAUUAGUUUUUUA